GUUUGAGAGGCUUCAUAAGCUGAAGGAGGCAUCUGAGAGGCAGCUGCGUGAGAAGACGGCAGAGGCCAAACAUCUCUCAGCCCAACUGGACCAAGCCAGCAGGGAUGCCAAGUUGGCUUCAGAGAGAGAAGAGAGGACGGUCAAAUCUCUUGAAAAGUCAAUGUUGGAGACCCACGAGCUCAAGAUCCAGCAGGCGUCUCUGAAGCAGGAGGUAAGGGAGCUGCAGCUGCAGCAGUCCAAGGAAGAUGUGAAGCAGGAGGUAAAGGAGCUGCAGCAGUCCAAGGAAGAUGCAGAACGUGAAGCCCAGGAGCUCAAAGCCCAGCAGGCCGAUCUCAAGAAUGAGCUGGAGAAGACUCAGCAGAAACUUGAAAAGUUACAAGGCCAUCUGCAAGAGGCAAGGGCUGAGCGUGACAAUGCAAUGGAAAAGAAGGUCAAGUAUAAGAAGGAGCUGAAAGAACUACAGGCCCUGACGGCCAAGGAAGCGAAUGAGUCAAAGGAGCCAAGGGAGGCAAAGGCGUCCCAGGAGAAGGAGAAAAAAAAAUCGAAGGAUGCCAAGAAAGAUCGCAAAGUUGCAUCACAAGAUGAGACUAACAAGAGAAAACGAGAUGAGAUGAAGUGA